AUGAAGAUAUUACUAAUGAUAGACAAAUUCAAAUAAAUGCAAAUAAGAUAUCAGUUAAUGAUCUGAAAAAUAAAAACAGUGAUAAAAUAAUAGAUGAAAUGACAGAUAUUAUAAUCAUGAAUACAGACGUGAAGACAGUUAAGUAUAAAGAAUACGAUGAUUACAUCAAAGGAGAAGUUUUAGGCGAAGGAACCUUCGCUAAGGUUCGCGAGUUUGUCCACAAACUAACAAUCAAGAGAUGUGCGGCAAAAAUCUUCAAACGCGAUCGCAUGUCUUAUCUUAAAAAAUAUAAACACAAUAUCUAUGAUAAUAUCAACAAUGAGAUCAAAUUAGUCUAUAAAUUGAAUCACAAAAAUAUCAUUAAAUUCUAUGAUGUUUUGGAAACAAAUAAAAAAAUCUAUAUAUUUAUGGAGUAUUGUGUGGGACCUCUCAGUGAUAUAAUACAGUCGGCAUUUCCCAAUGGACUUCCCAAAUGGCAGUGUCAUCACUACUUUUGUCAACUCAUUGUAAGAAUACGACAAAGCUUUGGAAGAGUUUGUUUUUAUUGCUGACAAUUAUC